GGAGCUGGCUCUGACAGGUUGGCCGCUCGAGUUCCCAGAGUUCCGAUUGGGUCCUCGUAGGAGCUUCAAGAUGGCGGCGGCAGAUUCCUGCGGCGCGGGUCCCCUCAGUUCCCGGUCUGUGGCGUCCGAGGCGGGUCUGGGCCGCACCUCUAGCUUCCAGAGGAAGGGCAAGACCUCUGGGGGCCCCGGAGGGGGCCCGCGGCUGCUGUCCAUUGCGGGCACGCGACCAUCGGUGCGGAAUGGACAACUGCUGGUGUCAACCGGGCUCCCAGCCCUGGACCAGCUCUUAGGUGGAGGAUUAGCUGUUGGAACACUUCUUCUGAUUGAAGAGGAUAAAUAUAAUAUCUACUCGCCUUUGCUCUUCAAGUAUUUCAUGGCAGAAGGAAUCAUCAAUGGGCAUACUCUGUUGGUUGCAUCCGCCAAAGAAAAUCCUGCCAACAUAUUACAGGAACUCCCUGCACCGCUACUUGAUGAUAAUAGUAAAAAGGAGCUUGAAGAUGUACAUAGUGCUAAAACUCCAGAGCCUGAUGUCAACAUGAAAAUAGCCUGGCGGUACCAGUUACAACCCAAGAUGGAGGUUGGACCGGUCUCGUCGUCACGAUUUGGUCACUAUUAUGAUGUUUCAAAAAAGAUUCCUCAGGAGCUACUACAGAGUUCAAAAUGGCAUGGAUUCUUCCUUCCAGAACACAUACCUCCAGAUCUUAAAGGAGAAUCCUGUUUUUUUUCCUGUGGCUACAUGAGGCUGCUUGAGUUCAUUCAGAAGAGCAUUUAUGCUGAAGGAUUUGAUGGAGCUAAUCCCCAGAAAAAACAGAAAAACAUUUUAAGAAUAGGAAUUCAGAAUCUUGGCUCACCAUUAUGGGGAGAUGACAUUUGCUGUAAAGAAAACUGUGACAACAAUCACAGGCUUACCAAGUUCCUCUACAUUCUCCGUGGUCUUCUAAGAUCAUCACUGUCAGCCUGCAUCAUCACGAUGCCAGCACAUCUUGUCCAGAAUAAAUCAAUUACUACUCGUGUGAGAAAUUUGUCAGAUACAGUAGUUGGUCUGGAAUCCUUUAUUGGUUCAGAGAGAGAGACUAACCCAUUGUAUAAGGAUUAUCAUGGUUUGAUCCAUAUACGGAAGAUCCCUCGGCUUAAUAACUUGACUUGUGAUGAAUCGGAUGUCAAAGACUUAGCUUUUAAGUUAAAAAGGAAGCUGUUCACCAUUGAGCGACUGCAUUUGCCUCCAGACUUGUCAGACACAGUGGGCCGUUCAAGCAAACAGGAUCUGGCAGCAUCCACCGCGCGGCUGGGCGCAGGCUGUAGCUCGAUGGCUGGAGGCAAGAAGCACCUGGACUUCUAGGGACCCUCCAUAGUCACCCAGGGUGAAGUUCUCUGACACUCUGACUAGGAUUGCUAGUAGCUCAUGUAAAUAUUUGUCUUAAUGAUCUGACCCUCCAGUCUUUGAGAAAUACAAGGUUACAAAGUAGAGCCACCAUCCUUAAGUUUGAGUUGUUUCAUGAUUUGUUUUUUCUACUUACUUUUGUACAAACAUAAUAUGGCAAAAAUACUGCCAUUUGACAUUUAGCUGCUGUUGGGUUUUUUUAAAAUACUAAUUUUUAAAUAAACACCAAAAAAUCCCCAAAA